GUUUUUGGUUAGGAAGAAUUUAAUAAUUUGUGUUCACUAUCACAUUCAAACCCUCUCACAUGUUGAUUUGAUGAUAAAGAAGUUAGAGAGAAUGAUUUCGACUUUUUUAAAACCCACUUUCUGCUUCCCUCCUUUAUGCAGACAAGAAAAAAGGAAACAAAAUUUUAUGAAAGAGAUCUCCAUUAGAGAAAGAGAGAGCGAGAGAGAGAUUAAUCUUGGAAGAGCAAUCUCACAUUCUCACACUGCUCUUAGAAAAUCUCUCUUUCACCAUUAAAAAUCCCAAAGAGUCUGGAGAAAUGGGAAAGAUUCUUCAUCUUCUUCUUCUUCUUCUUAAGGUCUCUGUUCUUGAAUUCAUCAUUAGUGUUUCUGCUUUUACUUCACCUGCUUCACAGCCUUCUCUUUCUCCUGUUUACACUUCCAUGGCUUCCUUUUCUCCAGGGAUCCACAUGGGCAAAGGCCAAGAACACAAGUUAGAUGCACACAAGAAACUUCUAAUCGCUCUCAUAAUCACCUCAUCUUCUCUAGGACUAAUACUUGUAUCUUGUUUAUGCUUUUGGGUUUAUUGGUCUAAGAAAUCUCCCAAAAACACCAAGAACUCAGGUAAUAAUCAUCUUAACAUUAAGAAUGAGAACAAAUCUGCAAAACUUUACAUUUGUAACAAGAUUCUGUAUCAGUUUCUUCAUUGUGAUCUCUCUGUUUUGAUAUCUAAAUGGUUUCAUGCGGAAGAAGGUGAGAGUAGGAUUUCAUUAUCCAAGAAGGGCUUUGUGCAGUCCUUCGAUUACAAGACACUAGAGAAAGCAACAGGCGGUUUCAAAGACGGUAAUCUUAUAGGACGAGGCGGGUUCGGAGAUGUUUACAAGGCCUGUUUAGGCAACAACACUCUAGCAGCAGUCAAAAAGAUCGAAAACGUUAGUCAAGAAGCAAAACGAGAAUUUCAGAAUGAAGUUGAUUUGUUGAGCAAGAUUCACCACCCGAACAUCAUCUCAUUGUUUGGAUAUGGAAAUGAACUCAGUUCGAGUUUUAUCGUCUACGAGCUGAUGGAAAGCGGAUCAUUGGAUACACAGUUACACGGACCUUCUCGGGGAUCGGCUUUAACAUGGCACAUGCGGAUGAAGAUUGCUCUUGAUACAGCAAGAGCUGUUGAGUAUCUCCACGAGCGUUGUCGUCCUCCGGUUAUCCACAGAGAUCUUAAAUCGUCAAAUAUUCUCCUUGAUUCUUCCUUCAACGCCAAGAUUUCGGAUUUUGGUCUUGCGGUAAUGGUGGGGGCUCACGGCAAAAACAACAUUAAACUAUCAGGAACACUUGGUUAUGUUGCUCCAGAAUAUCUCCUAGAUGGAAAAUUGACGGAUAAGAGUGAUGUUUAUGCGUUUGGUGUGGUUUUACUUGAACUCUUGUUAGGAAGACGGCCGGUUGAGAAAUUGAGUUCGGUUCAGUGUCAAUCUCUUGUCACUUGGGCAAUGCCCCAACUUACGGAUAGAUCAAAGCUUCCGAAAAUCGUGGAUCCGGUUAUCAAAGAUACAAUGGAUCAUAAGCACUUAUACCAGGUGGCAGCCGUGGCAGUGCUUUGUGUACAACCAGAACCGAGUUAUCGACCGUUGAUAACCGAUGUUCUUCACUCACUAGUUCCAUUGGUUCCGGUAGAGCUAGGAGGGACUCUCCGGUUAAUACCAUCAUCGUCUUGAUUUAAGAAAAUAAUAUUUUUUGCUUCUUUUUUUGAAUUUUACAGUUUGAUCUCUGAUUGCUUUGAGUAAUUUAAUUUGGGGGUGAAAAAUGUGAGGACAGAAGGGUAUUCACUUGUCAUUAUUGUAUUUGUAAAUUGAUUAAUAUAUAAAUUGUGUUGUCACUAAGUGUAAAUAUUCAAUUAAUU